ACGCAAAUGUCACAUCUGUCAAAGUGCUGACCUUCAGCUUUCAUAAAUAUUUGUAAUGGUCUUUUUUCAUUAAAAAAUAGUGUUUUGGUUUAUUUUUUGUUUAGUAUUACGUAAAUCAUGGCUCAGCUGAACCAUGUAACGGUGGAAAUUGAGGAAGAGGAGGCCGAAGAGGUUACACCGAGGCAUAACAAUCUUCAGAGAGGUGACUCCGUAACCAGGCCUGCGGCACCUAAUAGGAAUAACCUAGGCCUUGGAGACCGACUAAACAGUGUAUUUAGAGAGAUUAGGCCACUUGUAGAACAUGCACGGAUGGGCAACAAUGCCAGGCUAUCAUUACCCACAUGGUUACCGAGAAAUCCACCGGGCACCCAUCAAAUUGUGGAGCUGGGCCUCCAGAGGCCACAGAGCUCCAUAGCCCACGUUAACCUGGGCCCUAAUGCCCAGACAUACAUUGUGACUGAUAGAGUUCCACCUCCUGUGCAAAGAACACAGUCUGCAGGCAAUGCUAUGAGUAACAGUGCCUCGAAUAACUCAAAUUUAUCAGAUCAAGAAACAGAACAUCCAGAGAUCAAUGUAUCAGUAAAUCCAGCCAAUAAUAACAAUAUAAGGGAUAAUGUUGAUAAUGAUAGCCAAAGUGAUGACGGGAGCCAGCAGGUGGUGGAUGUUAGGGCGACAUUAAAUUUCCUGAUACGUUAUGCUCCUUUCUACUUCCUUCUGUUCAUAAAGUUCAUGUAUGACUGCCGUGAGGGAAUAUUCACAUUCAUUAUACUGUUUUGUACAUUCAUACACUCCAACAGCCUUGUUAGAAGAGAACAUGGCAAGCAGAUGAAUAGGAGUAUAUUCUCGUUAUUCAGUGAACUAUUCUUCACCAUAGUGUGCAUUAUAACAGUACACUGUCUAUUUGGCCAUGGUAAGCUGUUACCUAACGUGAUAAUGUUCCCUAACUACACAGAACUUGAUAUAUCGGAGUUACUGUGGCUUGUGGUGCUCACUGAUUUGAUUGUGAAGAUUAUCACAGUGGAUAUCAAGAUACUAGUCACGAUAAUGCCGGCGUGUAUAUUGCCUUUCCAGAAACGGGGCAAAGUGUAUUUAUUUACGGAAGCUGUGUCGCAACUGUACCGCUCGUUCAUAACGAUACAGCCGUGGAUAUUCUUUCUGAUGCAAUCGUACGAGGGCUCCGAGAAGAUGGUCGGCAUGUUCCUCACAUCGGUUUACUUAAUUGCUAAGGUGGUGGAAAUUCUGGUCAGGCUUAGGCUUGUAAAGAAUGCAACCUGGACCCUGCUACAGAGUGUGAAUCUCGGCACCAAACCCACCGGCGAACAGUUGCUGUCAGCAGGUGACUCCUGCCCGAUAUGUCAUGACGAUUAUACUACACCUGUGCGGCUCGGGUGCAGUCACAUUUUCUGUGAGCUUUGCAUAUCCGCCUGGCUCGACAGGGAGCACACCUGUCCUCUAUGUCGGGCCAAAGUAGCAGACGAGCCCACCUGGAGGGAUGGCUCCACUACAUACAACUUUCAACUGCACUGACUGUAAACAUACGGUUUAAAUGGUUUUGCUAGCUAUGACUGGAAUGUAAGGAACGUGGUGGAAUGAUUGUCGAAGUAAGCUUUGUUGCGUGCAUAGUGUACUAGUUUGUUUAAUAUUGUAAGAUUAUAGUGAUAACGAAAGACUUGGAUUCGUCGGUUAAAAAUUCCAAAGUGGGUUUGUAGUAUAGCGUUUGUCAAUAAUUUAGGAUAACUUCAUCGACAAUGUAGUGUCACACUAUCGAUAUUAAAAAAGUUUACAAAAAUUUAUAUUUAAUAAAUAAAUACAAUUUCAAUUUAUUUUAUAUAAGUUCUCUUGAAGAAAUAAUGUUUAAUGUUUUAGUUUCUAGAAUAUUAUAACUUCCAUGCUACAGCAUAUAACAAGAUAGCUAUAAAAGAGGGCGUGACUCGUGAGCUAGAUCGACAGAAAGAGGCAUUUAUAGUCCGCGAUCAUCAGCAGUCCGUUAGUAUCCACGUGUGCGACUGUUGACAGUUAUAUAAAUAUUUUAUAAAAGCGUGCUGUAUUAUAACUCUAUUCUUAUGCGGCUACAAUCUGUUUACGUUAAAUAAAAAUGUUCGAAUUUGCUAGAAGACGUGUAGCUCUCUGAUUAACCGUCUGUUGCUAUAGCGUUAUUGAAGCAAUAAAUUGUUUUUUUUAGGGUUAGUGUCGGUUUAUGAGAAUUAGGAUUUCUAGUUGGACAAAAACGUAGGUAAGAUCAAGAGCACUGAAUAAAAAGUAUCGAAAUAGAUAUUAUAGGAAGCAUAUAGAGCAUCGAUGAUCCUUAAUCUGUGCAGAAUGCUAAUUAUUGAAAUGUUUAAUUGGUGACAUGCUUAUUGGCGCGUAAGUGCUAGACAUCUAUGGCUUGUUAGUGACAGGAUGAAGAGCUUGGAGAGGUGCGAAGGUCUACGUUAAUGAUAACUACAGUAUGGCCAAUCAACCGGUUCAUCUUAUACGUCGGUACAAUUUUGAAGUAUGGAGGAUGAAUUUUGCCAUGUUUAUCGAUAUUAUGUUUCGCCUACACUGUGCUAACCGUUAAAUUUAAUUGAGUAUCUAUGUCGAAAGAUAAAAUAUUGAUCGUAAUUUAUCAUUCUUUUGCAUAUAAAAAAAAGAUUUUCCAAAUUAGUUCUGAUUAGAUGCAAAUCAUUUUGUAAUGCAAAAUAACCCGUCCUAUAGAAGGUAUUGUUUUAUUUUCUUAUUCGUAAUUUCUAUAGCAAUACUUUGCGUAUAAGUUUAUGAAAAGUUAAUAAUUUUAAAUAUCGUGAAUAUUUUUUAAGGUAUAGUUGUUUGAACAUUCCUUAUAUGCAUUAUUUAAUUAAGCUAUCAUCUAUUUAAUCAUCAUUUAUCGAAUAACGGUGGUUCUUUUUAUCGAUAUAUUAUAUGUAUUUUUUACAUCUAGUAUUUAGACAUUUAUUUCCAAGAAACGCUUAAAUAAUUCACUGCAGAUUUCUUUGUAUAAUUAAGUAUAUAUUUGAAAUUGUAGGUAGGCCGGUGAAUGAAUUGAAUGUGAAUCAAUCGUAGUUGGUUGUGGAUUGCUAUUAAUAUGAAUGGACGUAAGAAAUGUUGUUAUAGCCUUUAAAUUAUAAUUGUUGUUGGUAUUUUGAAUAAUCGAUGAUAAUUCUAUCAUUCUUAAGGCUCUUAAUGUAAAGUAACAAGUUUCUAAACGAAAUAACUUUGUCUAAUAUUUUAAAUACUGUCUCUUUCUGUACAAAAUAAAUAAACUGAAAAAAAAAUAACAUUAUAGCGAUUAGGUAAGACAAUGAUUAUAAUAUUUAUAAGUAAGGUGGUGAAAACACAAAUUAUUUAUUAAUGGUGUGAUUUCUCUGCACUUUGCCUGCAUCUCAGUGCUAAAAUUAUGGUAAAGAUGAUUAAAAAUUACUUUUAUUGUGGCAAAUAUUUAUUAAUUACUUAUAAUGGAUUUCAAGUAGUAGUACAUGAAAAAAAAAACAAUAAGAACCAGACAAACUAGAAACUAAUUACUAAAUUUUUGUAAGUAAAUUUGACUAUAAAAUUGUAAAAAAAAUGUAUAAAAUUGGCUUAAAAUAUUAAUAAAUCAUAAAACUAUCUACAAUAACAUUUACCUUUCCAAAUAUAAUACGGCCUAGGUAGGAAUAAUGCGGUGUAACUAUGUUAUAUGUUAUAUUGUAAAUAUGUUAAUUAAAACAUGUACAUAAUAGACUACAUUGCAUCUUAUUUUCCAAUAAAAUAUGAACGUUGUUUCUCAGCUAUACUCUUCUCGUUCAGUGAUGCUUUUAUCAGAUUUAUGUGUGCGAUUGUCGAGUCUAUUUUUCAUUAUUUUUUUGUCAUAGUCAAGACGUGUGUCGCGUUCCUGGAUCAGUCUGUGUUUUGGUGUCGACCAGGCCUGUAUAAUUGUGUUGACUGGCGAGGCAUUGUCUCUCGCUAGUCAACAGCCUAUGUGGAUCCUACUUUAAGAACUACAGGUACGGUAGGGUAUGAAAACAUUCGAUUGAUUAUAAAAAUACAUCAAUAUUUCCAUUAAAACCUGUAAUUCUAUUACAUAUUAACAGGUAUCAUUUAACGCAUUAGGUUUCUUGAAUCAGAUGUUAAGCAUAAAGCUAUUUAUAUGUUUCUUAUAAAGGCUCAAAUAAUUUAGAGAUAUCACGAUAUUCUUAUAUGUUGUAAAAAGUACAAUACGAUAAAAAGAAAUAAAAAAGAAUUGUAGUGCUGUUAACUGUAAAAUGUCUAUCCCGAAUUUUGUGCUUCUAAUAUAAGAAUAUUUUUUAAGCCAAAUAUUAACUAUAUGUAAGUGGAUAAUAUACUUUAAGAGUGUUCUAAGAAUAAUGUGAUAAAGCUGUUUCUUUUUAUUAAAAAAUGUAUCAAAAGACUAUUCUGUUAUUAUAUUUCAUUUAUGCGAAUAAUUAAUGCGUUUUAUGAAUAUUAUCCGAUAUGUUGUUAUUGCACGUUAGAAAAUAUGCAAAUGUUUAAUAAAUUAUUAUUCCUCAUU